CUUUGAGCUUCGCACAGCACAUCCACACACACACGAACAGUCCUCCGCUCAGACUGGAAGCAGAGUCAGUCAGCUGACCGCUCAACACAACCAUGCUCUGUCUGCUCAAGUUUACCCCUCUGUUUUUGGUGGUAGCCGUAUGUCACGGCUGGCUUUUUGGAGAUCUUUUUGAAAAACAGAAAGAGCUGGAUGAAAUCUCUCUAUGGCCUCUACCGCAGAAAUACCAGUCGUCCGCGGUCGCUUUUAAACUCAGCGCCGCCAGCUUUCAAAUCGUCCACGCCAAACAGUCCACCGCCGGACCGAGCUGCAGUCUACUCGAGAAUGCAUUUCGCAGAUAUUUUGAAUACAUGUUUGGAGAGCUGAAAAGGCAGGAGAAAAGCCGAAAGAAAGCGUUUGAUUCAGAUCUCUCGGAGCUGCAGGUAUGGAUCACAUCAGCUGAUCCGGAGUGCGACGGUUACCCGAGUCUUCGAACCGACGAGUCAUAUUCGCUGUCGGUUGAUGAAACCUCAGCUGUGCUCAAAGCUGCUAAUGUAUGGGGAGCUUUGCGAGGACUGGAAACAUUCAGCCAGUUGGUCUAUGAGGAUGACUAUGGAGUUAGAAAUAUUAAUAAGACCGACAUAUCAGAUUUUCCACGGUUUGCCCACCGAGGAAUCCUUCUGGACUCGUCUCGCCAUUUUCUGCCACUCAAAGUCAUUUUGGCCAACUUGGAAGCUAUGGCCAUGAACAAGUUUAACGUCUUCCACUGGCACAUUGUGGAUGAUCCGUCGUUUCCUUUUAUGAGCCGUACUUUCCCAGAGUUGAGCCAAAAGGGAGCCUAUCACCCAUUUACACAUGUGUACACUCCAUCUGAUGUGAAGAUGGUCAUUGAAUUUGCUCGCAUGAGGGGGAUCAGGGUCGUUGCGGAGUUCGACACCCCAGGGCACACGCAGUCAUGGGGCAAUGGCAUAAAGGAUCUGCUAACACCUUGUUACAGUGGCUCUAGUCCUUCAGGAUCAUUUGGGCCCGUGAACCCCAUCUUAAACUCCUCUUAUGAGUUCAUGGCACAGCUUUUCAAAGAGAUCAGCACCGUCUUUCCUGACGCUUACAUUCACCUAGGGGGAGAUGAGGUCGACUUUUCUUGUUGGAAGUCCAAUCCUGAUAUUCAGAAGUUUAUGAAUCAGCAAGGCUUUGGCACAGACUACAGCAAACUGGAGUCCUUCUACAUUCAAAGGUUACUUGAUAUUGUGGCUGCUACCAAAAAAGGUUACAUGGUGUGGCAGGAGGUGUUUGAUAACGGGGUCAAGCUAAAGGAUGACACUGUUGUGGAGGUGUGGAAAGGGAACGAUAUGAAGGAGGAGCUCCAGAAUGUGACUGGGGCAGGAUUUACAACCAUUCUUUCUGCCCCUUGGUACCUGGACUACAUUAGCUAUGGACAGGACUGGCAACGCUACUACAAAGUUGAGCCACUUGAUUUCACUGGCACAGAUGCACAGAAGAAGCUGGUGAUUGGUGGAGAGGCUUGUCUUUGGGGAGAGUAUGUGGACGCCACCAACCUCACUCCUCGACUCUGGCCAAGAGCCAGUGCCGUCGCUGAGAGGUUAUGGAGUGAUGCAAGCGUGACCGAUGUCGGAAAUGCUUAUACUCGCCUGGCCCAGCAUCGCUGCCGCAUGGUCAGGAGAGGCAUACCUGCAGAACCUCUAUUUGUUGGCCACUGCCGUCAUGAGUACAAGGGUCUGUGAAUGCCAUGAUUUAGUUCACAGUAGACGACUAAAGGGAAGGACAAAACAGUUUUUAUUUUUACAGAUUAAACCAUGUUAGCCAUUUGGAGAACUAUGAUUUGCUGUUAUAUGCACUGAGCCAGUUAUCUAAGACUUGAUGUUUGUGAUUUUUACCUAUACAAAGUUUUACUACAAUACUUAGGUUUCAGGUUUAUUAAAUGGUAAGUAAUAUUCCUGUGAAAACAUUUUAUGGAAUGUGUUUUAUAAUGAAUGCUAGGUGUAUUCUGAGGGUUUACAUGAUUGUAACACUGCACUAAAUUUAUAUAUUUAAAUAAAUACGAUUUCUGAAAGCAUAGUUGUUGUAAAAUUAUUGUAUAUUUACACACAUACAUACAUACAUAUGCAUACUCACACUAAUAGGUUCUUGGUGUGUUUUCUUCACUUGAGAAAAAAUAGUGCAAGGGUUGUCUGUAGAUGUGGGCUCCAAGAUCAUCUUCUAGACCAUAUGCAAGCAGCAAUCUACAGAGCAAUAUGAAAUUGUCUGUAUAAAUAAUCAGUUGGUGACAGGGUCAAGUGAGCCCAGCCAUCUUGUUGAGCAGUAUGUUCUGGUCCUGAGAGUUCAUGGGCUCAUAGCUGGACAGCUCCAAAGAAAAGGUGGCAUUUCCAGAGGUAAGAGUGCGCAGAACGGUUGAGUAUCC